AUGGGAAACACCCAGAGUAGUAUGAAUAGGGAUCCGGUUAUUGCUCGAUCUAAUCCAAGUGCGCCUGGUGUUUUGAGACUGUACAAUCUUGAAGAUCAUGUUUUCCCGUACAAAGUGGCGAAGUCAGUAGAAAGUUAUCCAAGCGUUCAUUUAGCUACUUCUCUCAGUAGCUUUGAGAGACUUGUCUCGAGACAUCUUCCUUUAUCACCUAGGUUGGAGGAAAUAACAGGAAAAGAAAUGGAUAUAUAUCAUAACGUUGUUAACAAAGAGGAGACAGCCUGGGAGAUAUUGACGAGUGGAGAAAGAGUAACUAAUAUACGCCAUAAUUCUAAAGAAGAUAGAAGUCAGGUAUACAUGUGCAGACAAUUUGUUGUGGAGAUAACGGAGGGUAUAGGAGAGAUCCGAGACUUAAAAAUCUUGCAAGCUUGUUGCAACUACUUAACAAGGCUUCCACAGCACAUAGGCUGCUUGACGAAUCUUAAGGUUUUAGUCCUUUCAAAGAACAGGAUACAGAAACUACCCGAAGAAAUCGGACUACUGAAGAACCUUAGAGAGCUUAAUCUGUCCCAGAACCUUCUUUCCUCUCUUCCCAAGGGAAUUUCUGCACUAAAAGCUCUCAAUGCACUUCAUAUAGAUAAUAACCUAUUUGUUGUUCUUCCCUCGGUUAUAGGGAGACUUUAUGGACUAAAGUACUUGAAUGUCUCCAACAACAAAAUUCAGAAUAUCCCACUGGAAAUUUUGAAGCUUCCAUUUCUAAUAGAGUUGGCUGCCACAUCCUGCAACUUUACACCUGAAGAAACUGUAGAGUACAUAGGACAUGUCACACUCAAGGAAACUUGCUCAAGGCAUUUGGUAAGAAACAAUCUGAAUGUUCGAAGGAGUAUCGACAAGCCACUGAUAAGGUAUCUCCUGUCUGUAGAGGAGUGUUCGUUUUGUGGAGGUCCUCUUUUUGAAAACUACUAUCUUCACAGGAGCAUGCAAACUUUUGAUUCAGAGAGAUUUCCAAUAGUCUAUAAGCUGUGUGUUAAACACUAUGUAAGACAUGAAGACAGAAUAACAACUCUGUUCCUCGGCCCAUUGAAAACUUAUCCUCAGAGACUUAUAAAGUCAAACAUGCCGUUAGUCAGUGAGUUGUUCAACCACUUUGGAUACAAUGACGAACAGAAAAGGAUUUUUAACCAAGGAUGGAGUAGUGAGGAGACAGAUCAAAUGCCUCUUAUUUGCCUUUCGAAGUAUGCUGGAAUGUAUAUCGAAAAGAAUUAG